GUACCGAUAUCGAUACCGAUACCGCCUCCGCUGCACCGCUCGGCCCGAGGGGUCCCCGCUGUCCCCGUGCGGACGGCGCUCCUCCGACCGUAUCCCCCCGUGGCGGGCGGGUCUGUAUGCAGGUACCACCCCUGGAUCAAGCCCUUGCAGUCACUGGUGGUGGGGGUCCUCCCAUAGGGCUGCAUGGGGUCUUGCUCAGCACGGCGUGGUUGCUCCGUAGGAUGAAGAUGCUCAGGUGGAGGUGGAGCAGGGUCUCUGUCAGUGUAUGGUCCUGGCUGAGGGCUGCCCUGGCCCUUCUCGUCGUUGGCAACAUGGCCUUUGUGAUAGCUCAGGACCUGCCUCAGACCUCCAACAGCCUGGAGGAGGGUGCAGAUGUCACUGCGUACUGGUGGGGUGAGUGGACCAAGUGGACGGCGUGCACGAGGAGCUGUGGUGGAGGUGUGAAGUCCCAGGAGAGGCACUGCCUGCGGCAGAGACGAAAGUCAGUGAGCGGGCUGGCUAAUAAAACUUGCACUGGAACAUCCAAAAGAUAUCAGCUCUGCAAAGUACAAGAGUGCCCUGCAAACGGAAGGAGCUUUCGAGAGGAGCAGUGUUCAUCCUUUAACUCCCAUGUGUAUAAUGGAAGAACGUAUCAAUGGAAACCUUUAUACCCUGAUGACUAUGUUCACAUUUCUAGCAAGCCCUGUGACCUCCAUUGCACCACUGUGGAUGGUCAGAGACAAUUAAUGGUUCAGGCUCGGGAUGGAACAUCCUGCAAAUACACUGAUUUCCGAGGGGUUUGCGUGUCUGGAAAAUGUGAGCCAAUUGGCUGCGAUGGCAUUCUCUUUUCCACCCACACCUUGGAUAAAUGUGGAGUUUGCCAAGGAGAUGGGAGCAGCUGCACUCAUGUGACGGGGAGUUACAGGAAAGGAAACGCUCAUCUGGGCUAUUCCCUGGUAACGCACAUUCCUGCUGGAGCAAGGGAUAUCCAGAUAGUGGAACGGAAAAAAUCUGCAGAUGUUCUGGCUGUGGCUGAUGAAGCUGGGUACUAUUUCUUCAACGGGAAUUACAAAGUUGACAGCCCAAAGAACUUCAACAUUGCAGGCACGGUGUUCAAGUACCGCCGGCCCAUGGACGUCUAUGAGACUGGCAUAGAGUAUAUUGUUGCACAAGGACCAACAAACCAAGGAUUGAACAUCAUGGUCUGGAAUCAAAAUGGCAAAAAUCCAUCCAUCACGUUUGAAUACACUCUCUUGAGGAAACCACACUCAAAUCUCCAGCCCAUCUACUACACCUUUUCUGAGUCAGAUAGCGAAGAAAGCAGGGAGUUUGAUGGAGAUGUGCCAUUGGGCUUUAUCCAACACAACGCAACCUAUUUUGGGAAAAUCUCCAGGGAAAGGAUAGACUUGGAGAACCAGGUGUUUGGAAGACAGGACACGGAGGAAGAUUUAAACUUGAGCAAAGAUUCAAACGUAACCAGGUCUACUUACCAGACAGACCAUGACGACAGAGACUUUGACCCCAGGUUCACCUCCAGGGAAUUCCUUUCGGAGAAUGCCAUCACAGACAAACUGCUGGACAAGGCCUCUGACUCAAAGGAGUUGGUACUCAACAUGACCAUGAACAGCAUCUUUGCCCAGGGAGACCCAAUCAACUCUGUGGGGUCCCACAUCGACAGCCUCUACGUUGACUACGAGGACACUGAUGGCAUUGUGACCUAUACCAUCAAUGGCACAUACAUGGAGCUCAGCAAUGGCAAAGCCAUCAAUUCAUCUGCAGAGACACCGUUUUCAAAUGCCACUGUCACCAUGACCAGCUCUCAAGGGAACAGAACCCACAAAGCAAGAAACAGAUUGAAGUUGUUAAGAAAGGGCCAAGGUGUGAGUGCUGCUGACAUGUACAGGUGGAAGCUUUCCUCCCAUGAACCCUGCAGCUCUACAUGCACCACAGGAGUGAUGUCCACGUAUGCUAUGUGCGUUCGCUAUGAUGGGAUCGAAGUGGACGAUACGUACUGUGAUGCCAUGACCCGCCCUGAGCCUGUCCAUGAGUUCUGUGCUGGGAGAGAGUGCCAGCCAAGGUGGGAGACAAGCAGCUGGAGUGAGUGCUCCCGUACCUGCGGUGAGGGCUACCAGUUCCGCAUCGUGCGCUGCUGGAAGAUGAUCUCUCCAGGCUUUGACAGCUCUGUCUACAGCGACCUCUGUGAGUCAGCUGACAUCACCCGGCCCGACGAGCGCAAAGUCUGCAAGAACCCGGCCUGUGGGCCACAAUGGGAGAUGUCUGAGUGGUCAGAGUGCUCUGCGCGGUGCGGUGAGCGCAGUGUGGUGACGCGGGACAUCCGCUGCUCGGAGGAGGAGAAGCUGUGUGAUGCCAGCGCCCGACCCCUGGCUGAGAAGAACUGCACAGGGCCGCCCUGCGACCGCCAGUGGACCGUGUCUGAUUGGGGACCGUGCAGUGGUGGCUGCGGACAGGGCAGGAUGAUCCGACACGUGUACUGCAAAACCAGCGAUGGGCGCGUGGUGCCAGAGUCGCAGUGCAACCUGGAGACAAAACCUCUGGCCAUCCACCCCUGCGGGGACAAGAACUGCCCGUCACACUGGUUGGCACAGGACUGGGAGCGGUGCAACACCACGUGCGGCCGGGGUGUGAAGAAGAGGAUUGUGCUCUGCCUGGAGAUUGUCAAUGGCAAGAUCAAGACUCACAACCCCACUGACUGCGACGUGGCCAAGAAGCCUGUGGAGGAGACGACGUGCUUCGAGCGGCCGUGCUUCAAGUGGUACACCACCCCGUGGUCAGAGUGCACUAAAACCUGCGGCAUCGGUGUGAGGAUGCGGGACGUCAAGUGCUACCAGGGAAAGGACAUCGUCCGUGGCUGCGACCCCCUGGUGAAGCCGGUGGGCAAGCAGACCUGUGACCUGCAGCCCUGCCCCACCGAGCCCCCAGGUGAGCCCCCUCCUCAGCAGCACACCUUUAGCUUUCAUUUUCCACUGCUAUCUUGAUGGUCAUCUCAGGAUCUGCCCUCUCUAUGCCCCAGUAAUGGCACUGUGUGCUGUACCACUGUGUGUCUCUAUACAUGACCAUUAAAUAAAGGGGAGAGCUCACAAGCAACGUGCUCUGACCUUAAGAAAAAAGGGAGCUGCAGGGAGCUCGGGUGGUGCUUCUGUGUGAUUCCAGCUCAUGUCUAAGAAGUUUUUCGUCUGUGCCAUUAUUUUAAUGAUUUUUGGUCUCUGAAUGUCCUGCGGGAUUUGUAACUAUCUCAUUAUCUGACUCGUCUGCUGGCUCAAAGCCCCUGUGAUCUUUAGCAAACACACGGUUCUAAUUCUUUAAUAGGAUUUGAGAAUAAGGCUGAGGUGGGAGAAGAGCAGGAAGACAGCAGGCAGGCCUGGGGCAGCUCCUGGCUCAGCGGGUGCCUUUGCUGACAGCUCUGCCUUGCCUGUGGGUCAGGGAUGUGGUGUGGGAAUUUGGGGUCCUCUGAUGGUUUCCCCCCCCCCCAGAGCAAGCUGUGCUUCCUAUGGAUACGAUGCAAAAAUUGUAACUUGUAUACAGACUUAAAGCAAAAUACUGCUCUGGAGGGGGCUGGAUGUGUGUUGUGGUGGUUUUUGCUCUCUUCCUUCUCUCCAGCAGCUCAUCUGCCCCAAAUACCUCAAGUAGUAUUUUUGGGCAGGAGUUGUGUGCUUAGGACCUCCUCUGUGCUCCCAUGGCAGCCCCUCUGCUUAGGGACAGCUCAGUCCAGUAUCACUCGGUGGCUCUGGUGAUCUCUGGGCAAACCUGUUCCAUAGGGAAGAGCCUGAGCUGCAGAGUGGGUCCGAGCGAGGAUCCCUGGGUCAGGCCAUGUGUGAUGGAAUGUGAACCUUGGCUUGGCUGGAUGAUGAUAUUCAUGGAGAAAGCACAUGGCUUUUCCAGGGGAUGCUCUGCCUGGUAAUAGGGACGUGGUGGUGGCAGAUGGGGUGAUGUUUUGCACAGCCACACAUCGGGCAGUGUGUGGUGCCAAAGGGAAUCAGUGUGAACUUGCAUUGCUGGCGUUGUGUUUUAUUCUUUCCGUACCCAUUUCUUCUUCUCUCCCUUACAGACGACAGCUGCCAGGACCAGGCAGGAACCAACUGUGCUUUGGCCAUCAAAGUGAACCUGUGCAGCCACUGGUACUACAGCAAAGCCUGCUGCCGCUCCUGCCGCACCCCCCACUCGUAGUGCAGGGCUGGGGCCGCAGCCCUGCUGGUGAGCAUUGGGGAUGGAUGUUCCUUUCCUCGCUCCACUGGCACGGCUUGCUUUCAGAGCUGCUGUACAUUGGUUAUCAGAGCUGUACAUACGAUCGUGUAUAUUUGAUUUCCCCCAACAGCAGAUGUUCACGUGGUUUCACAAGGUCUCCUCCUUUGGUUUCUUUUUGCCUAUGCAAAUAGGGGGUGGGCAUGGACCCAUGGGAGUGAAAGUACCGGUGUGUUCCCUAGCAGAGGGGGUGAGUGCCUCCUCCCUGCUUUCUCCUCAAUGCUCUCUCACAUUUAACACAGUGGGAAGCAGAUUUUCAUUUGCUAAAUGAACUCAAGCCCAAGCCCUCUUUUGUAAUAUGGAGGUGUAUACUUUUUCAGAGGAUUUUAUCUCGUAACCAAAUGUUAGUGCCAUAGUCCUUACAACCUCCCCCCCCUCAAAUGCUGACAUAUUGUAUAUAAUAUGGAAACAUUACUGCACUUUAUAUCACAAAAAAGACGUGCUCUUUUUUAAUAUAUUUGUUUACAGACAGUGAACUUUAUCCACGUAAUCAUUAAUUUGUACCCAUGUAUAUUUUAAUAAAGUUGUCAUAUUUAUGGUGGUA